AUGAGCGACUACUCUGCCUCCUACGCCUGCACGGUUUUUGAGCGCAAAAUCCCUUUUUGUGCGCUGGAACAUGCACGUCACAGAACACCAGUACCACAAGCGGCGGCAGCACUUUGCGAACAUCAUGGUGAUUUCGGCAUCAACGCGGUAUCAAGCAUCUUGCCGGAGUGCAUGCUUGAAGCGACUGUGGGCAAGUUGCGGGAAUGCAGCGGGCUGUUCCCGACAUCCUAUAAUAGCACUCCGAUAUAUCUCAUCGAACUUCCAUUGGUUCGCGGGAUGUGUCAAUAUGACGCGGGCGAAGUGCACUUCAAGAAUCAGUCGGAGGUUAAGUGCUAUAUGACAAUCAUAUUCUCUGGCGGAACAUGCGACACAACUCGCUCCUUUUACCGUGACCGCUCUGACUCCGGUGUCCCGAAGAAGUCCUCGACAACCGUGAAACACGUCAAUCUGGUGCCUGUGAGGCUCGUAUGGAUUCUAGACAGCCCGUACAUCACCCACGUUAUCCGAUAUUAG